UGUUUGAAAGUUGUUUGUUUAGGUGAAAACUUUUGGACUCCUUAGGAUCAGCAUAUUUCUUUAUAACUAUUUCUAAACUCACAUUUCCUGACUCUUUCAGAGAAAAGUCUUAUCUGGAAUACAAGUAAGUGUGCCUCAUAAUAUUUGAUCACUGAAUGGUGUUCUCCAAGUAAAUCAUUGUCAGGGAUUGUUGUUUCUUAAUAGUGCAAGUACACGCCCUCCUGAGGGAACAUAUUUAACUCAGUCCUCCUUUGUCAGAAGAGCUCAGAUUCUCAGCAGCUGGAUUGCUUUGGGCUGAGCUUCUCAAUGACUCCUGCCGGUUUCCCAGCCUCCCUUCCUCUGUGUGUGUGUCUGCUGCUGGCCUCUGGCUUUGCCCAGGCAGGCAGGCUGCUGGUGGUGCCCAUGGAUGGGAGCCACUGGUUCACCAUGCAGUCGGUUGUGGAGAAGCUCAUCCACAAUGGACAUGAGGUGGUGGUAGUCGUGCCAGAGGUGAGUUGGCAACUGGGAAAAUCCCUGAAUAUUACUGUGAAGACGUACUCAAUUUCUCAUACUCUGGAAGAUCUAGACCGAGUAUUCAAGUAUUUUUCUGAUACUCAAUGGAAAGCUCCAGAACAAAGUAUGCUUUCUGCAAUAUUCGGCUCAGCCAAAGGUUUUUUUGAAUUAUUAUUUACUAACUGUAGGAGUUUGUUUAACGACAAGAAGUUAGUGGAGUACUUGAAGCAGAGUUCUUUUGAUGCUGUUUUUCUUGAUCCUUUUGAUGUGUGCGGCUUGACUAUUGCCAAGUACUUGUCGGUCCCGUCCGUGGUCUUUGGAAGAAUGAUGUUUUGCCACUAUCUCGAAGAGAGCACUCAGUGUCCCAGACCCCUCUCUUAUGUUCCAAGACUUCUCUCGAAAUUCUCAGACACCAUGACUUUUAUGGAGAGAGUGUGGAACCACAUCACCUAUAUGGAGGGGCAUGUAAUUUGCCCCCAUUUCUUCAAAACUGCUACAGAUAUUGCCUCUGAAGUUCUCCAGACCCCAGUGACUAUGGAAGACCUCUUCAGUCAAGUGUCCAUUUGGUUGUUACGCACUGACUUUGUAUUUGAGUUCCCUGCACCUGUGAUGCCCAACAUGGUCUACAUUGGUGGGAUCAACUGCCAUCAGGGAAAGCCACUUUCCAAGGUAUGCUAUCUCUCCUUAAGCACAUGACGAGAGCCUUUGGUU